AUGUCUAAGGAAUUGUGUGGUAUAAUUAAUACGAUCGAUGAAUAUUUUGCUGGUGAUCCGAAAAAAUCGAGAGAAUAUAAUUCUACGGAUUUUUUUAAUAUGUUUUUAUCUGAUUGUAUCUGUAGUAGUGAUGAAGAACAGAUUAUCUGUGGUUUUAUAAUAUUACUAAAUGCGCUUGAUGAGGGAAGUAUAGAUAGUGAUAAACUUGUUGAAUACGCUAUUUUAUGGUUAAGUUAUAAACUAAAUCAAAAAAAAGAAAAUGGAACGACCAGAUUAAACGAUUUUCAUACUGGACAUAUAAAACAAAAUGGUUGUUAUAAUAAGCAAAUAGCUGCUGGUAGUGGUAGUGGUAAAAAGAUUCAUAUGGGUGUUAUAGAUACAAAAAUAGAAUCGAUGAAUAUUGAUAUUAAAGAUAUAUCUAAUUUUUAUGAUGCAUUUAAAUCAUUAUGUAACAUGUAUAGUGAAAUUGGUGCAGAAGACUACCAAUGCAAUAAAUGUUUAGAAAAUGCUGGAGAAUUGUUUGAAAAAUAUGAAAAACUUAAAAAUGCAUUAGAUAUUAAUAAAGGAAGUUCUUAUUUACAACUAUUGUCUAGUUUAUCAAAUGAUUAUAAAAAUUUUGAAAAUGAAUAUAAUUAUGUUAAAUGUACUAAUUCCUCACCAUUUGUAGCUUGUCCACGAAGUUCAGUAACAAAAAAUACACUAAUUUCAAUUGCAAUUAUAUUUGUUGCAGCAUCAAUUUUAUUGGGAGUUUCUUAUAAGUAUUCGUUAUUUGGAUUUCGGAAACGAUCUCAAAAACAAUAUUUAAAAGAAAUGCUAAAAAAAUAA